AAAGUUAAUAAAAACAAGUGCAUGUACCUAGCGGUGGCCCUGAUCAUUAUAAUCGCGAGCUUGGUUCGAUUACAUAUUCGUAAUGGGCCACCGAGAAUUUGUAGUCUUGGCGCUAAGCGUCGUCGGGGCCCUGGGGUUUAUCCCCCAUGGUUCUAUUGGGGAAAAGGACCACAUACUCACACAAGAAAUACUUCGUGAGGUUGUGGAGCGUAUGGGGAAGGACUUCAACGAUGCUGCAUCAAGCUACCUAGACUUCCCCCCGAGCGACCGCCAUCUAGCGUUGAUGGCCCGCGCCAGCAAGGACCUGGAGAACGAACAGCUCGACUACGACUCCCUGAUAGACGGCAACCCCAACCCCAGCCUGCGCGACCAAGAGUACCUGCAGCACAGUUCGCUGUGGGGCCAUCAGUACGUGACAGGUGGUGCUGGCGAGGGUGAACAGCGACUGCAGCCAUCAGGCGUCGUCCCCAACAGGCAAAUGAUUAAGACCGACGCCGUUUUACCAGCAUACUGCAACCCUCCCAACCCGUGUCCAGUCGGAUAUACUGGUAAUGAAGACCAGGGAUGCAUAAGUGAGUUUGAGAAUACAGCAGCAUUCAGCCGCGAGUACCAACUGGCUCAACGGUGCAUGUGUGAUGGAGAGCACAUGUUCAGCUGCCCACCCGACUCCUCCUCCGACUUGGACCUUCGAUUUCCGGAGCACCACAAGAAUCUCGUUGCCAAGAAAUAUAAGCCUGAUGUUGAGAACCCGUAUUUAAUGGGCGAGCGUCUACCUAUCGCUGCCAAAAAGGGUUUUGAUGUUACCGUAUAUUAAUAUGUGUAGUUA